UUUUCAGUUCUCUGCACUUGGACAGAAAAUGGAUUGAGAGGCAAAUAGUGAUGCUGUUGGGCAAAGGUGAUGUAUAGCUAACGUGAGGCGUAACUCUCGCCCACUUUGUAUCCCAUGCGUUAUUGCAGUGUGCCCUUGAGUGGAUUUGCCUACGAGUAAAUUCCUGGGGAGAUAAGUGCCCUUGUGGGACAGAUUUCAUUGUCAUUUUGACUCACUCUAGGAUGAACAUGUCAGAGAAGUUGUGAACCUUGGCUUGUAGUAGAGCCUAGUUUGACAUCAUGAGUGAGUCUUCCAGCCUUGUUGCAUGACAACACAGCCACGAUGGCCAAUGCCAUCAAGGAAUUGGUCAGCAAGAAGAAGAAACGCUACAAGGAAGGGGGUUUUGAUUUGGAUCUUGCUUAUAUAUGUGACAACAUCAUAGCAAUGGGUUAUCCAGCAGAGAAGUUGGAGGGUGUAUAUCGCAACCACAUUGAUGAUGUUGUACGCUUCCUGGAGGCAAAGCAUAAAGGGCAUUAUAAAAUCUACAAUUUGUGUUCAGAACGGUCAUAUGAUGUGUCCAAAUUUCAUUGUCGUGUUGCCACUUUUCCAUUUGAAGACCACAAUCCACCUCAGGUGGAUCUGAUACAACCCUUCUGCCAAGAUGUCAAGAUUUGGUUGCAAAAGGAUCCAAAAAAUGUUGCUGCUGUUCAUUGCAAAGCAGGCAAGGGUGUUACAAUUCCAAGCCAGCGACGAUAUGUAGAAUAUUACAGCAUGCUCAUUCGGAAUUCCUUGAUAUAUCGGCCUGUGUCCCUGCUGCUGCAUGCUGUUGAGCUGUUUCCUGUACCUACUUAUAAUUCUCAAGGUGGAUGCAGUGCUCAGUUCAACAUUUGGCAGAGUGGUACUAGUUCACCAUUCAAGUUGUACUCAUCCAAGACUCUUGAGGCAAGGCGAAAUGCAGGUUAUUUACAUGUGGAGCUUCCCUUACAAGUCACUCUUUGUGGUGACAUUAAAUUUGAGUUCUUCAACAAAACAAAAAUGAUGAAGAAGGAGAAAAUGUUCCAGUUUUGGUUCAAUACAUUCUUUGUUGAUGAGGAGGAGCCACCCGCUCAGAAUGGUGCACCCAAGAAUUCCCACUCUGAUCGUCAAGAUCAAGCAGUCAGUUCAGUGAAAACUCGGUCCCUGACAUGUCCAUUGCCAUUGACAAUGAACAGUAUCACAGACAGCAUGUGCUUCCCUAGAGGAAAGAGACUUAGACUCAAAUUGUGGAAGCAUCAGCUGGAUAAGGCACACAAGGACCGCACUCAUAGGCUCUUCCCUGAAAAUUUCCAUGUGACAUUGUACCUGAGCGAUCUGGCUGUGAGCAGUGCCAUGCGUCAGCAUUCUGGAGAUGCCACCAUUGGUGGAGGGAGGAUGCGACCUGAAGUGGGAGCAGAGGUCACUGAUGCAUCAACUCGACUUCAUGGUCUACGGGUGGAAUCCAGUGAUGACCAGAGCAGCUCUCCCAGUCCAACUGACUCUGAAGACGAAGAUGAUGAAGAUGAAGCCUGGGAUUCUGGUGAGUUCCUGGGCUCCCCUCCUCUCAUCUUCUCUUCUAUUCUCCUUCCAAUGUAAGAGCAACAUUUUGUCAAGGAAGCACAGCUAUACCUUCACUUCCUUUAUGGGAGCCAGAGUGGGACAUAAAGACUGGAACUAUGGUUUGCAUGGUAUGGCCCUUGGGAGACUCAUGGGUGAUGAAUGUUUUCUUGAUUGGUUUUGUGCUGCUUUUCAAGCAGAGGGACGUGGAUGACCGAGGGCCAGUGAGUGAGUCCAGUGAUUCUGUGUCUGCCAUGUGAACAAAACAAAAACAUAUUUGUACUUUAACCUCUCUCAUCCCCUUCUCAAUUUUGCUAGGCUCUACCGAAUUGCCAUCUCAGUAAGAUACCCUUUCUUUCUGUCUCAUGGCUUGGAACUGAGUGGGAAACAUUGAGCCUGAAUGCUUCUGUGAGUGAUUCAAGAAAAAGAGAGAGGGGAAAGCAAAGACUUUUAGUUCUGUGAUCUAGUGCAUCAGUGAAAGUGGGAGUGUCUUGCAAAUUGCAAUGGAUCGUGAAUGUAUCCAUGGUUCUCUCAACCAAGUACAAAAAUUGUCCCAGAAACAAAUACACCUUUUAAAGAGAAAGACUUGAAAGGAAAACCAGAUCUGAGAUUUAUUUCUUGAUUGCUCUGGUUGGUUCCUGGGCAUGGAAGAUGAGG